GGUGGCCACAGUGUUCUCGCGGGUCAGCAAACGAGGCCAAAGGUGUUGAGAUCCGAGCGAACUGUGACUGUCAUGUGAAGUGUCGGUGUGUAACAUGACUCAGAGCGUCACAGGCGGAAGGUCGCGCGGAGCAGCAGAACGGAACGGAAGCGGGAGUACAAGCCUGUCCGCCAUUGUGGAAUAUGGUGAGGGAUAUUCCAGUAAAACAGCAGCCACUUCCCCACUGACUGGUUAACCGGCUCGGACCGCUCCGCGAACGCCUUCUCCACGGACACGAGGUCGCCGUUUGCCACCGCGAGAACAGGCAGGUCGUCGUGCGUUGUGAAAACGGCAGGAAAACGACGCUUCGCUGCGAUCACUGAGUGAUUUGAAACCCGAGAGACGAGCCAGGAGAGCAGCACCGGAGAGAGGCAGGGAAGCCGCGGACAGUCUCACCAACACGACCGGAGUCGGCUGCUGGACGAUGUCUGCGACCACAGUCGAUCAGAGACCCAAAGGACAAGGAAAUAAAGUGCAAAACGGAUCAAUGCAUCAGAAGGAUACUGUGAACGACGAUGACUUUGAGCCUUAUUUAAGCGGCCAGACCAAUCAGAGUAACAGCUAUCCACCCAUGUCUGACCCCUACAUGCCAAGCUACUAUGCUCCAUCCAUUGGCUUUCCUUACUCUCUGGGAGAAGCUGCCUGGUCCACAGCAGGAGACCCUCCUAUGCCCUACCUGACCACCUACGGACAGAUGAGCAAUGGCGAGCCACAUUUCAUCCCUGAUGGUGUUUUCAGCCAACCAGGAGCUUUGGGCAACACCCCGCCCUUCCUUGGCCAACAUGGCUUCAACUUCUUUCCAGGCAAUGCAGACUUUUCCACGUGGGGCACUAGUGUCUCCCAGGGACAGUCCACGCAGACCUCGGUCUACAGUAACAGUUACGGCUAUGCGCCCAGCUCGCUGGGGCGGGCCAUCACUGAUGGACAGGCUGGUUUUGGAAGUGACUCCCAGCUGAGCAAGGUGCCAGUGCUAAAUAGUAUUGAGCAGGGUAUGGCGGGGUUAAAACUGGGUACGGAUAUGGUGGCGGCCGUCACCAAAACUGUCGGCUCAUCUUUAGGGGUCACGGCAGGCAUGAGCAGCAUGGCAGCCAACAACCUGCCGCCGUCUGUCAGUUCGGCCGGAUCUAAACCCGCCUCCUGGGCAGCCAUCGCCAAGAAACCGGCCAAGCCGCAGCCCAAAGUCAAGCCCAAAGCCAAUAUGGGAAUGGGUGGCGCCGCCAUCCCGCCGCCUCCCAUUAAGCACAACAUGAACAUUGGCACAUGGGACGAUAAGGGCUCCAUGAACAAGCCCCCGUUAGCUCAGACGAUGAUGACUGCGCAGCCUUUAGUGCAGCAGCCUCUUCUAGCUCAGCCCCAGCCCCUCCUGCAGAGCCCCUUGCCCCCUCAGCCUCAACACCCAUCCCAGCACCAACACCAACCCUUCCACCUCCAGUCUCUGCAGUCUCCCCAACACCCCCAAACCCUUCCUCCCGGCCCACCACACCUGCAUCUCACCUCCCAGCCCCCGCAGCAUCUCCACCAUCAGCAGCCGCAGCAGCCCGGGCCGCCGCCUAACCGCUGGGUGGCGCCCAGGAAUCGGGGUGAGGCCUUCAGUCUGGGCAUGGGCGUGCCCAUGAGUGCCUCCCCCUGCUCCGGCGAAGUGCACCCCGUGCUGGAGAAACUCCGUGCCCUCAACAACUACAACCCCAAAGAGUUUGACUGGAGCUUGAAAAAUGGCCGCGUGUUCAUUAUCAAGAGCUACUCGGAAGACGACAUCCACCGCUCUAUCAAGUACUCUAUCUGGUGCAGCACAGAACAUGGCAACAAGCGCCUGGACGGUGCCUACCGCUCGCUGGGCAACAAGGGCCCCCUCUACCUGUUGUUCAGCGUCAACGGCAGUGGGCACUUCUGUGGCGUGGCCGAGAUGCGCUCACCGGUGGACUACAAUGCCUAUGCAGGUGUUUGGUCUCAGGACAAGUGGAAGGGCAAGUUCGAAGUGAAGUGGGUCUUCAUCAAAGACGUGCCCAACAACCAGCUGCGACACAUCCGGCUGGAGAACAAUGACAACAAGCCGGUGACCAACUCCAGGGACACUCAGGAGGUGCCUCUGGAGAAGGCCAAACAAGUGCUUAAAAUAAUCGCCACUUACAAGCAUACCACCUCAAUCUUUGAUGACUUUGCACAUUACGAGAAACGGCAGGAGGAGGAGGAGGCUUUGAGAAAGGAGCGCAAUAGAAAUAAACAGUAACCUUGACGUGAGCUCUGCUGGAUCUGCAACACUAAUGAUGUAGGACCUUAAUUCAAGAAAUUGCCUAACCACCUGCAGGAAAAGCUCUCACUGUCUUUUCCGCUGAAGAUGACAAUUGUAUGUGAACACUCGGGCGGUAGAUGGACUCAUCUGUAUGUGUUGACCGGUACAUCAAACCCGUGUUCUCACGAGACACCCACUUUGAAACAAACAAACAAACAAACAAAAAAAAAACAACCUCUGUCUUGAAAGCACUUUCAGUCCUUGGAAUCCGCCUCUUCAGAGUCGCUAACUUCUUGUUCUAAUUUUGUUUGUGACAAA